AUGCCGAAAGCAAGAACGCACGAAGAAAAUCGCUUGCAGGUUUGCUUGUUUUGUUUUGGAAAAACUAAAACAAUGUUUUUCAUAAAGGAAGGACUAAAAUUACUUGUUAAGAAACAUUUUGAAUAUAAAGACGAAGAUGACCGACUGCCUGCGGUAUUGUGCAGUAGUUGCAAACGAGAUCUGUACCGUAUUAAUGAAAAAACUAUAAGACUGCCAAAAUUUUCUGAGCUGAAGCGUAUUAGGAGGUGUACUAGAUCAACUAGCAACUCUGUAUGUGAUUGUUAUAUAUGUGAUCUUGCUCGAAAACCAGCAUCUGGAAAUUUCGCAAAGGGUAAUAUUUUGCCUAAACGAAUCGGUAUACUGGCCGAUACGACGAAUGUACAACUUGCAGAAAAAGAGAAGAUACGUUGUAUCGAAAGUCGUUGCAGUUAUUGCUGCUCAAUUAUUGGAAAAGGACUAUCUCAUAAAUGUAACUUGACUACGCGCUUGGAGAACUUGACGGAAUAUAUCCUAAGCGUAGGUUCGAAAAAUGCUGAUCAAGUUGUCUCAUCUUUACUAAAACGAAAGUUCAAUGAAAAAGAAAUUAAAUCUACACCUUCUAUAUCGUUAGUUCAACCACGCGGUAAACAUUUACAGGUAACACUUAAUCAAAGAAUUAACGAUAAUGUUAAAAAGCAGUUCCUUUCUGCGGAUGAUUUCCUAAAACUACAGACCAGUUUAAAUUUAAGUCAAAAAAAGACAAUAGCAAUUGCUGCAGCUGUACGCGUAGCCACAAAAAAUGCAAAAAUUGUGGAGCCAUAUUUAAAAACUGACAAAGUUUCAUCUGCUCCUGAGACAGUCGCUUACUGCACAGAUCUUGAGGGUUUAAUACAGUUUAUUAAAGAGAAACGUUCUUUGUCUCAAUAUCACUUGAAGUUCGGAAUUGAUGGUGGAGGCGGAUUUUUAAAAAUUUGUUUAUCCAUUCAGUCUACAGUAGAAAAUGAAGAUUCACGUAAAUGCAAGCAGAAAUUUGAAGAUGGUAUUUGCGCUAAACGCUUUAAGGAUUCGGGUGUUAAUAAAUUAAUAAUACUUGCUCUCGCACCUAGUUCUCAGGAAAAUUAUGAAAAUGUGUCCCAGCUCUGGUCUGAAAUAAAUAUUAAUAACUUUAAGGGAACAAUCGCAACAGAUCUUAAAUUGGCUAACAUUUUGGUUGGUAUAAUGUCCCACAGCAGUAACUACCCGUGUACCUGGUGCUAUGCAUCCAAAAAUAAUUUGAAGGUCUGCGAUACGUACAGAACUAUAAAAGAAAAGCUUAAGUCCUUGCAACCUACUUCAUCACCUAUGGCUGGAACCUAUGCAGAAAAACUAAGAAAACAGUCUUCCAUAAUUAUCAAACCCAACGAUGAAUCUCAGCUUAACUCUGUUACUAAAAUGGAUAUUAUGAAAAAAAUUAACCCUCUGGUUAACAGCAUCAAAAUUAAUUCAGUUAAAAAUAUAAAAAAUGGUGGCCUAAUAGUGGGUUGUAAUGAUGUUGAAGAAGCAAAUAAGUUUAAGGAAUUAGCUGAUAAGGAGUUGAAAGACUAUAAAAUUAAAGAUGCCAAUAAAAUCCAACCUAGAGUCAGAAUUGUCGGUCUUUCUGAAAAACUGAAUGAGGAGGAAAUAAAGCAGUAUUUACUUUUGCAAAAUAAGGAAUUAAUUUGCGAUCAAGCUACAGUUAAGAUUGUGGAAAUAAAAGCCUUAAAAAAUAAGGAUACGGUUUAUCAAGCAGUACUGCAAACUGAUAUCAUAACCUACCAAAAAUUGCUGAAACAUGGUUUUGUAGUUAUUGGGCUGGACAGCUGUAAAGUGUACGAUGCCAUAACGGUACUACGUUGUUUUUCUUGCAAUGGCUUUAAUCACGACUCCAGCGUUUGUUCCAAGAAAAAUGAUCCUAUAUGUCCCCGAUGUGCCGAAAAUCAUUCUGUUAAAGAUUGCCAGUCCGAGUCUUUAAAAUGCAUAAACUGCUUAAAUUUGAAAAAUAAAAUUGGAGUAGACAUUUGUCAUGCCGCCUGGGAUCAUGACAAAUGUCAGGCUUUAAAAAAUGUUUUAGGGAAAUUAAAAUAUGACGUCUUUGGUUUGCAAUAG